UGUGACCGAGGCCGCCUCGGCGGGUCGAGUUUCUCAAGCCUGUGCGGUGCAGCCAAAGGCGAGAGAGAGAGAGAGAGGAGAGAGAGGAGAGGGGAGGGGAGUGAAGGAGAGGGAAGAGAAGGGCAGGGGAAGGGGAAGAGAGGGGCGGGUCGAUCGAUUUAUAACUUGAAUUGUACGCUAUCAAGCUGAAAGUGAGUAAUGUUUGUGGGCGCGUCGGUUUCGGCGAGGAAGGAGGAUCGAGCGGACGGUCGGGAGACCGGGUAGUGAACUGUUUUUGGUUUCGGGGCGCGUGUGUUGAGUUGGGGUUUGCAAAUGCAAUUGUGUGGCCGAAUGGCUUUGGGCGCGAGGAGGGUGAUUGUGGAUGCUGGGCAAGUGAGUUUAGGUCUGUAAGUCGGACCUUUGCGGAGGAAUUGUCUCGGAUUCGCUAUUAUCAGAAUUUUGGGCGCCCAGAACAAGAAGAUGAGAUCCCGCUGAGCAUUCUCUCGCUGGGGUGAAUUUGGGUGUUGAAUUUGCCAAUUCACGUGAUCGGAUGGCGUGGCGUGCUUCUUACAGGAGUCUUUUAGACAUCUUUCCGCAGGUGGAUUCUCGUAUGCUCAAGGCGGCCGCUCUUGAUCACGGGGACGAUUUGCUGUCAGCUGCAGACUUUAUUUUAGAUGAAGUUUUGGGUACAGAUGUUGAGGGUUUGGAUCAAGAACAGGACAAUGUUUUAGCCACGGAUGGAUUGCAAUCUGCCAUCGUUUCAAGAGGACCGAAUGCUGGAGAACAGUCAUAUCCACGGAACAUUGAUGUUCCUGGUCAUGACGGAUUUGUCUCUGGUGCUGUCCGGGAUCCACUUUUGAACAAUGAAGAAGUGGGAAGCACACGUGUUAACUCUAGGAGUUUCACAAACGAUGGGCCUCACAGUGGGCAAGGAAAGAUUGAAGGCAUUACGCCCUCUAUGAUGCCUUCAUGUGCAGAGAAUAAGAGACUGGAAUUCGAGGCUGAAGCUGUUCCUCCUGUGAUGACUUGUGCUUCUAAUUAUUCUCACUGCGCUCAUAUCGACUCUAGUCCCCUCGAUAGUGACAAGGUUGAAGCAUUUCCUCAACUUUGCCCCAAAAUUGAUCCUGAAGAGAAACAUAAUGAUAGAACGGAUGUGGAUGCGUCCUCAUCAGAAGUCGUCCCAUUUCGCGCCUCAACAGACAAGCUUGCAGUUGAAUGUUCAGAGGAUGAAAUCUCACAGUUUCACUGCACACAUGUAGACUCUCGUCCACUUGAUAGCGACAACGAAGCACUUUGUCAAUUUUGCCCUAAAAGUGAUUCUGAAGAGGAAGAAACAUACAGAACUAGUUUGUCCGACAGGGCCCGGGACUGUCAGACAAAAAAGGUCCUCGUUGUUCGUUCCUAUAUCGAAAAUCGUCCAUCAGAGGAUGGAAUAUCUCACGGCUUGAAGGAUGAGCAUGCAGUUAAGUGGUCAGUGGAGUGUGACGUAUAUUCUGAUACAAAUGGUGAUCAAUUUCUCGUUGUUACUACUCUUACCGGGUCUGAUUCAGGGGCAGCUAAUGCCCAGGGUUUUCUUGAGGAAAAACACAAGGAAGAGAAUUCAGAUAAGGUGAUUCUUGAGAGUUUAUGUGAAGGAUCUACUUACACAGACCCCGAAGAAACGUACAGAACUAGUUUGUCCGACAGGGCCCGGGACGGUCAGACAAAAAAGCUCGUUAUUCAUUCGUUUCUCAAUCGUCGUCCAUCAGAGGAUAGUUUAUCUCACGCCUUGAAGGAUGAGCUUGCAGUUAAGUGGUCAAUGGAGUCACGUGACGUAGUUUCUGAAACAAAUGGUGAACUUUGCGUUGUUACUACUUUUACCAUGUCUGGUUCAGGGGCAGCUAAUGCCCAGGGUUUUCUUGAGGAAAAACAUAAGGAAGAGAAUUCAGAUAAGGUGAUUCUUGAGAGUUUAUGUGAAGGAUCUACUUACACAGACCCCGAGAAUAUGAGCUUACAAGAUUCAUGUUUAGAAGAUCAGGAGGGGUUUGAAGGAGAGAUAAUUAGAAACUCUGUAUACGACUCCAUUCUCAUUUCUGGAUCAACUUUUGAGGAUGAGACUAUAGUAGAAGGAGAGGUCACAGAUCUGGUGAUGGCUUCCACGAAGAUUAUGUCCGAGGGGGAAGAUGACAAGGAGGGAGGGUGCUGGGAGACCUUGUCCAACAGCUCAGCUCAGAUCGCUAGCAUGGAGACUAUGCUUGAUGCUGUCGACCAAGCGAAGGCUGAUAAGGAGAUCCUUAUAAAGUCAAUUGAAGAUCUUCGUGCUCUCCGACAAGAGACGGAUCAAGCUGAAAAUGAAGCACGGUGGGCUAAAGAAGAGGCUGCUAAAGGUGGCUUAGAUGUUAUGUCAAGGGUGGAUAAGAUGAGGGAGAUGCUUUCCCAGGCAAGGGAAGCAAAUGAAGUGCAUGCGGCAGAAGUUCAUGGAGAAAAAGCAGUGUUGGCAACAGAAGCUCGAGAGCUACGAUCGCGUGUUGUACAGCUGAAGCGGGAGAAGGAAAAAGCAUUGGCUGUGUUGAAUGAGAUCAAGGCAUCCCUUCAAGCGCGGAUCAGUAAAGCCUGCCAAGAGCGUGAAGCAGCAGUAGCAGAGAAGGUUCUAAAGGAAGCCCUUGCUCGGGAAUGUCUCAAGAAGGAAGAAGAGUUCAUGGCGCAAGUCGCUCAGCAGUCCAGAGAUCUUCAUGCUGAAACUGAAACAUGUAACAAGCUCCGAGAACUUCUAAUCGAGAGUGGCAAUAUCGUGGAUGCUCUGCAGGGAGAAGUGGCUGUGUUAUGUGAAGAUGCUGAGGAAUUAAAAGAAGAAAUUGAACGGAUGAGUUUAUCGUGUAGCUCUGGCUUUGUGCACAUGUUGAAGCCGCGACCUCUGAGUGAGAGCACUAACAGCUUGCUUUCAAAGUCUAGCAAGACACUGGGUGAUCGACAAGCUCACUCCAUCGAAAGUGCCGGUCAGCUUAUUUUUCAGGCCGACUUUGCAGGUAGCUCUCCAACCACAUCGUUAGUCGGUGGCCCGAGGAAUGCCAGCGACAAGCGUCUUCCAUCUUUGCGUCGAGCAUUAAGCGGCAGCUACAACGGUAGUCAAGAUUUGAGUGGGAGCUCUCUCUCUUCUUUCAGUAGUAACGGAGGUGCAAGUAAUUCAGGAGGCAGUUUCGGAAUUGUUUCGGGAUCGGCUAAGAUUUCGGCUUUACCAUUUGGUAGGAGUAAAAUUCCUGAUAACAAGUCUUCUUCUUCAAGAUCACAGAGUGACAGUGAUACCGAGCUUAAGAAGCUAUAUGAUGCUCAAUUUCCGAUGGUUCGCGAUCCUAAUUCGGACCUGCAAAACUACGGAACCACGAACCCCAGCAGUUUUCGAACUGAGACUUCAAGAACUGCAGAAACGAAGGGAAGAGUCAGUUCCGACGAUGAUGAUUGGCAUCUACUCGAAAUGACGGGAAGAUCGAAGGAAACUAGUUCUAGAUCAUCGAGUAGCUCAUAUGCCGAGAACUAAAAUCGGAAAUUGGAUAGAAAUAUGAUUGGGAUACAAGCUUCUCGCUCGCCGGAACCGAUAUUCCUUAUACAUUUUACCCAUGUAGCCCGCUAUAUGGGUAAAAAGUACUCAAGCAGGUACGUUUGUAGACCUUUGUGAGGUUUCCGACAUAACUUCACACGACGAAUUUUGAUUAGCUCUAUUACACUACAUCGGUAUUGAAGGCUUUGAUGUCUGCUUUCCGAAUGUUUUCUAACCUGUGAAUAUAUUGUAUACAAUUUGAAUCAACUAGGUUAAUAUAUCCCGUUUGUAUAUUGUAGACUUUGAUUUUUUGAUUAUCAGGCCUAGUUUCACGUUUCAAUACAUGAAUCUCCUCAGCACCUAUGAUUCAUUAUACAAAGACUCAUGAUUCACUUUAGGGGCUGAGGCUUACUUCCGUAGGCAGGUUUAGUACAGUCGAGGGUAAACUUUCCAAUCCGGAGAUAUGUAACGUAGGAGAUUCUGAGAUGUGCAAGCGCACGAGGAUCAGGACUAUGUACAUAUUACUCUCCUUAAUUUAUAACCAUAUUUUUCACU